AUGGGUCGUAAGGGUACAAGGCUGCUCCUGGUUCUGCUGGCGGUGGUGGCCGUCUCUGUGAGCUGCGUGGCCGCUUCGGCCGACACGCAGACGGUAGACGCACGCCUCACUGCCAACUUUGUCACCGGCUACUCCAUCACCCAGGCGAGAACGUACUUGAACAGCAUCCAAGCUGAUGGGACCUGGUCUGACGUCGACUACACGGCCGGAUGCAGCGCCGACCCAUCGAGCUGGCCUGCCCUGGCGUGGUAUGCGGUCCCGGCUCUGCGCUCCAACGCGACGGUGCUCGGCGGGAUCAUGCUCGGGCUCGACUAUUGGCUCGACAACGACUACGCCAACGAGUUCUGCACCAACCGCAAGAACACCACCGCCUGCCCCUGCUCCACCCCUGGGCUGUGGAACACGAACUGGUGGGCGAACAUGAUUGGCGUGCAGCUCCAACUGGGACCAACGUGCCUGCUGCUGCGCUCGGCGAGCUCGUCGGUCUUCACGGCCGAGCACAAGUCGCACUGCGCCAAGAUCCUGGGUCGCGCCAACUGGACCGGCUUCACGGGCGCCAACACGCUGUGGCUCGCCCAGGGAGCCGUCUACGCGGGUCUUCUCACGCAGAACGACACCGCAGUCGCCGCAGCCUUCGCGGCCAGCAACAACGAGCUGUACUACUCGUCUGGUUCCGAUGACGGUAUCAAGCCGGACGGCAGCUUUCUGCAGCACAGGGGCCUCCUCUACACCGGCGGCUAUGGUGACUCGUUCAUGGCGACGUACGUCGACAUGUUCGUGUCGGCCGUGGGUACCGCGUUCGCCUCCACCGCCGCGCAGCGCGAGGUGUUCGCCAGGUUCGUGCUCGACGGACUGCAGUGGAUGAUGGUCUACUCGCCCGGCAAGAACAUCUACGACCCGUCGGUGGUGGGCCGGGCCAUCUCCCGCAAGGUCGGCCUCGUCGCCUCCCUCGACACCAACUCGCUCACCAACCUCACCGCCGGCUGGUCGCGCCAGAAGGAGUUCGAGGCGUUCGUGGAGGUGGUCACGUCGAACAACGGGUCGCGGCUGGUGGGCAACCGCAUGUACUGGGCCUCUGACUACAUGGUCCACCGCCGCGCCCACUACGUCGUCAGCGUCAAGGGCUUCUCCACCCGCAUCGCCAACUCCGAAUGCGUCAAUUCAGAAAAUUUACUCGGACUGCAUUUGAGCGACGGCGCGAUGUACGUGCACCAGUCGGGCAACGAGUACGGCCGCGUCAACGACACGGCCGACCGGUCCGUGUUCCCCCUGUGGGACUGGAACCACGUGCCCGGCAUCACCGUCGACUACGGCGUCGGCGCGCUGACCUGCGCCAGUCUCUACGCCAAGGGCCAGGCCGGCGGCUUCGUCGGCGGCGCGUCCGAUGGCACCUACGGCGCCUUCGCCAUGCGCUUCGUGUCGCCCUUCACCCGCAACCUCAGCUUCCAGAAGGCGUGGUUCAUGUUCGACGACGAGGUCGUGGUGCUGGCGGCCAACAUCACCUCGCUCGACCCGGCCGCCGCCGUGCACUCGGUGCUCGACGCCAAGGUGCUCAACGGCCCCGUGACGUCGAGCGUCGCCGGCGCACCGAUCGCCGUCGGCAGCGGCACCUCCCAGCCCUGGUGGCUCCACCACGACUCGGUGGGCUACGUUUUCCCAGAGAACCGCGGCGUGGCCGCCGCCAAUGGCUCUGUGACGCUGCAUCUGGAGACGGCGAGCGCGUCGAGCGGGUCGUGGAGCACGAUUGGUGAGGACUCGGGCACGAUCGCGCUCCCCACGUUCAACGCGUGGCUCACCCGGCAGAGCGCGCCGGUGGUCAACGACUCGCUGGCCUACGUGGUGGUGCCGGGCGUGUCGGCGGCGGCGUUCGACCCGGCCGCGACACUGGCGGCGGUCGAAGUGGUGGCCAACACGCCCCACGUCCAGGCCGUGUUCCACACCAAGCUGCGCCUGCUGGGCGCCGCGUUCUGGUCGACGACCGAGGCCGAUCAGUCACUGCAGUCGCCGGGCCGGCGCGGGUGGCGCGUGCGUGUGGACCAGCCGUGCGUGGUGCUGGUUCAGGAGGUGGACGACGGAACGCGGCUCAAGGUCACCGUGUCAGACCCGACGCAGGCCUUGAGUGGUGUCAACGUCACGAUCGACAGAGCGGUGGCGUGCGCGGCGUGCCUGAUAGCGAGCGACCAGGCCAGCACGACCAUGAGCUUCAGCCUCACGGCCGGCAGUGGUGCCUCAGCCUCGACUAUUGUCACUUCCACUGAUGCCUCUGCCGCGUCCACACUAGGCACUCACUUGUCUGGCCUUGUCGCCCUUCUUCUGUAA